AUGACAUUCACUUUGGUAGUCGCCUUCUUAAUGUUAGUCUGUACGGAAUACUUAGGACUAUCUCUUUAUAUUAAUGAUAAUGCAUUUGGUAAUGGACUUUUCAUCUUAACUGGUAUACAUUUUAGCCAUGUUAUUGUUGGAGCUAUCCUUUUUGUUCCCUAUCUACCAUAUUAUCUAAUUGGUUUAAUUUUCUUACAAACGGCUUUUGGUUUGAUUGAAUUAUCGCACCCAGAUAACUCCAUACCAGUGAACCGGUUUGUAACUCCGCUUCAUAUCGUACUUGAAUGGUACUUUUUAGCAUAUUAUGCGGUGUUAAAAGUAUUCCAUCCAAAAACCGGUGGUUUGUUAGUAUUUAUGUUAUCAACAUGUCAAUGA